ACAUCCUGUCUGCUGAUCACAGUUUUUUUCUGGGCAAUAACAUUCAUGCCCACUGUGUUUGAUGUUGACUAUUAUUUAUUCUUGCUCACAAUGGUUGUUGAGUUCCUUCAGAUAAUUGAGAUCAUCCUGAAGUUUCGCAUUUGUUAUUAUGAUGAUAGUGGAACCUAUAUUUCAGAAUACAGAUCAACGUCCCGUAACUACAUGAAGAGGAAAGUGGGAUUUGUCUUUGAUAUGGUCUUUUCAUUUCCAUAUGGCCUUAUAAUAUUUCACCAGAUGAAAAAAGAUCCGGCAACAUUCUUGCCUAUGAUUAUUUAUGUCCGGAUAGCUCACUUGCCACGCAUUAUUUCACUAUUUGUGUUUAUGUGGAGAGAAGAACAAUCAUUAACAAAUAAUCUUCUGUGGAUUAGGAUGAUCAAGUACUUUGUACAUUCCUUCCUCUUUGUCCACUGUGCAGCAGUUCUCUGCAUUUCAUUUGUUGAGAGUCAUGGAAUAAUGUCAUGGGUUGCUGAAACAGAGGUCUAUGACUUCACUGAUAUGUAUAGAUACGCCACCUACUGGAUAUUACAGAUUUACACAACAACAGGUUAUGGUGAUAUAACGGCAUCAAACCUUGCAGAAAUGAUUGCAUGUGUUAUGAUAAUGAUUCUAUCUAAAAUUCAAGUGAUUUAUAAAAUGGGACUUCUCGUCGCUACACAAACCAACAAGAUGACACUGCAGGAAGCCUUUGAGGAAAAAUUGCAGACUAUUCAGGCACACCUGAUGCAUGAGAGAAUCCCAUCUACAUUACAAAACCGAGUGACGCAGUUUUACAGUUAUCAUUGGAACCGCACUAAAGGGACAUGUGCUGAGGUUUUGUUCAAAGGUGUCCCCUGCUGUUUGAAAAUGGACAUUGUGUCAAGAAUCUGCAUGCAGCAUUUAAAGAAGCAUCAUUUAUUCUCCCACCUAAGAGAACCUGUCAUGAGGGAGCUUUCCACAAGAAUUAUCUUCCGGUGUUUCCCUGUUGGAGAAUUUAUUUACAAAAAGGGAGACAUUGCCACUGGAAUGUACUUGAUAUUAAUUGGCAAGGUUAAUCUGUGCCUGGACACAAGAGCGCUGUGUAUAACGGUGUUUCGUGAUCGAGAUCGGCCUGAGCAGAUAAACGGUCUGCGCUGCAUAGCCCAAACGAGUAGCGCGGAUUCGUUCCGCUUUCGCACCUUGGACUCAGAAUCAAUUUGGCCAAGAGCUCCCAGCCUCCCAGCCAGCGAGUUGCUUUCCUUGAGUAUUCCAGAGGAUGCUGGGCCUGAUGGCGGCCACCACCUCUGUGGUUCUGUUGGUCCUGCUUCAAAUGUAGCCCCUUCAAUACUAGCUAAAAUCCUGUGUCCUGUCCCGUGCUUGGCUUCUGGGAUGCCUCAGCCUCAAGAUGACCACCAUUGUGUCAGAACUGUGGCCCCUUGGAAGGCCCCUCACCUGAGACAGUUGUCCAACUGGGACUGA